AUGUCGGUUCUGGCCCGAUCAGAUUUUCUGAGCCGAUGCGGUCGCUCGUGGGCUUUCCGGCAGCGUAGUACCUUGCGCGGGUUUGCCCUGGAGAAGAAGGGGCAGGGUGUGGGCAGAGAGAGGCCGGGGUUCGGCCCCGGACAGGCCACGCGGAGCGGCGCCGGUGUGCGCGCCGCAUCACCAUGGCCGCGUUCGUUCCUGGUUAAAAGCAAGAAGGCGCACAGUUUACCACCUCCGCGGUCCCCGGGACCCGACUACUCCCUGCGCCAGGAGAACGCCCCGGCACCCGGCGGGACAGGCACCACAGCAAGCGGGGAGAAGGAGGAAUCCAGGGAUCGUUUGUCCCUUGAGUCGCCCCUGACCGAGGCCCUCGAGCGGAGCCGGCGUCCCCCCGGAAGCUGCAAGAGCAGUCCUUGCGAUCGGAGUUCCGAAUUCGAGGACUUCUGGAGGCCUCCUUCGCCUCCGUGUCCUCCAGCCUCGGAAAACUCUGUGUGCCCGUCGCUGGAAGAGGCGCAGCCCUUGCAGCCCCAGCCUUUCAAGCCCUAUUCCUGGAGCGGCCUGGCGAGCUCCGACCUGAGGCACCUGGUGCACAGCUACCGGCCGAGCGCGGCCGGCCUGGGCCUCUACUGCGAGCGCACCCCGGAGCCCGGCCACCCCGCCGCGCUCUACGGCCCGGAGCGGGCGGCGGGCGGCGCGGGGGCCGGGGCUGCGGGGGGCGGCGCGGGCCGGGGCGCUGCGGGCCUGGGGCUCUUCGGGGACUUCGGGCCUGCGUCGGCGGCGGCGGGGCUGUACGAGCGGCCGGGCGCGGGGGCGGCGACGGGCGGACUGUACCCCGAGCGCGGCCACGCGCUGCACGCGGACCAGGGCGCCGGCGUCAAGGUGGAGUCGGAGCUGCUGUGCACUCGCCUGCUGCUGGGCGGCGGCUCCUACAAGUGCCUCAAGUGCAGCAAGGUCUUCUCCACGCCGCACGGGCUCGAGGUGCAUGUGCGCAGGUCCCACAGCGGCACCAGGCCCUUCGCGUGCGAGCUGUGCGGCAAGACCUUCGGACACGCCGUGAGCCUGGAGCAGCACAAAGCCGUGCACUCGCAGGAGCGGAGCUUUGACUGCAAGAUCUGUGGCAAGAGCUUUAAGAGGUCCUCUACACUGUCCACACACCUGCUCAUCCACUCAGACACCCGGCCCUACCCCUGUCAGUACUGUGGCAAGAGGUUCCAUCAGAAGUCGGAUAUGAAGAAACACACCUUCAUCCACACUGGCGAGAAGCCUUACAAGUGCCAGGUGUGCGGCAAGGCUUUCAGCCAGAGCUCCAACCUCAUCACUCACAGCCGCAAGCACACGGGCUUCAAGCCCUUUGGCUGCGACCUGUGCGGAAAGGGUUUCCAGAGGAAGGUGGACCUGCGCCGGCACCGGGAGACGCAGCACGGCCUCAAAUGA